AUGGAAGGUCCACGAGAAAUUUGGGAUAAAGAGGCUGGACAGAAUGGAACUCUAGCAAACUGCUACGGUGUAACCAAAGAUCCGACUUCAAAUUAUAUGUUCGUUAUGAAAUAUUAUGAUAAUCAUGACUUAUAUUCAUAUCUUAUUAAAAUAAAUAAGUUUCUUAGCUUCAAAAAUAUUGUUGAAAUGCUUUGGGAUAUAACGGGAGGACUUGAACAUUUACAUGGAAAUAAACUAAUCCACGGAAAUAUUCAUUGGGGAAAUAUUUUAAUUAAUGAAAUUGUUAUAAAUAAUGAUAUAGAAUUGGUUGAAGCACGUAUUGCUGAUGUAGGAAUGCAUGGCCCGGUUGACAAGAAGAAUUCAAACGAAAGUUGUAGAGUGCAUCCUUUUAUAGCUCCUGAAAUCUUGAAAGGUUUAACACCAACAAUAGCUUCCGACAUAUAUAGUUUGGGAAUGAUCAUGUGGGCUCUAUCCGCUGGUUUUCGUCCAUGGGGUAAUUGGAUACAUGACCAUAAUUUAGCUACGAAAAUUUGCUCUGGUCUUCAUCCCGAAAUUACUGAGGGAAUUCCAAAUGUUUAUAUUACAUUAAUGAAACAAUGCUUGGAUCCUGAUCCUUCAAAACGUCCAACUGUUUUGCAAUUGAUAGAUACGCUUGAAAUUUGGAAUCAAGUUUAUUCUGAUUAA